GCGGCAUCCGCCAAAGACACGCGUUCCUGAAGCUCCUCCAGCAGUAACUGUGCGGCAUCCAUUUCUAUAUAAUAGGCCUACGUUGUAUAGUUUGCGCACUCUAAACUCACGUUCGAUUAUAGCGCACUGUCAGUGACGUGCAAGAGUGCAACGGUGUGUUGUUGUUUGUCGUCACGACAGAUUUGGAUAUAUCCAGCGGCAAGAGAUAUAAGAGAGAAGCAGUGAUCCUGGAAUUUGUUUUAGAUCCACCCGAUAAGCCGCUACCGACAAAGCCGUUUGACAGCAGCUUGAGGGUUGACGCCGCUGAUACAAUUUCACAGUGAAAAAGCGACAAGGAAGAUCAUCGGCGAGCAGCGGAGGGGCUGCGCUGGGGUUCAUCAUCAUCACACACAUCGCCGAUGUUUCAAACGGACGGUGCUGGCGCAACAAACCCGUCAAGUGCUGCCGUCGGUAGUAGUCACAGUCGGGGCUGCUGUUGUAACACGAAAAUGACGAUGAGUUUCGAUAACAUGGCCAGCAGCAGCGACAGACGACUACUGAAGGUGUCGCAUUUCACGUGUCGGCCAUCAUCGGAGCGGCGGUGUCAAUCGGCCGCUAAUAUUACCAGCAAGUUGCUCCUGCUCUCUUAUUGGACGGCCGCCGUCGCCGUUUUGCUUCUUUCAGCCACGCCGGCCUUAGCCGUUGCUAAAGGUUCCGUCGUCGGUCCCGAUCCUGAAUUCGUGGAGCCCUUACAAAACCUGACAGUGACGGCGGGUCGAGAUGUCAAGUUGCAGUGCUCAGUCAAACACCUCGGCUCCUACAAGGUAGCCUGGAUCUACAUGGAACGGUCGGCCAUUCUGACGGUGCAGAACCACGUCAUCACACGCAAUCCUCGCAUCAGCGUCUCGCACGACCAGCAUCACACAUGGAAUUUACAUAUCUCAUCCAUUCAAGAAUCGGAUCGCGGCGGAUACAUGUGCCAAAUCAACACAGCGGCUGCCAAGACCCGCGUCGGCUACAUCUCGGUCGUCGUGCCGCCGAGUAUCGACGACGCGCUGAGCAGUUCGGACGUGACUGCGCGGGAGCAGAGCUCCGUGACUCUGACUUGCAGCGCAACAGGCACUCUGCCAUUAACGGUCCGCUGGCGGCGUGAGGACGGCAAACUCAUCAACAUCAACCGAACACUUGCCGUAACCGAAUGGGAGGGGACUCAUCUGGACCUGAGUAAAGUCAGCCGUUACGACAUGGCCGCCUACUUGUGCAUCGCUUCCAACGGAGUGCCGCCCACCGUCAGCAAGCGCAUCAGUCUCUCGGUCGAGUUUCCGCCCUCGGUCACGCUGCAUCAGCAGCUGAUUGGCGCUCCGCUGGGGUCGACAGUGUCGCUGGACUGCACGAUCGAGUCGAGCCCGUCGGCCCUGCACUUUUGGAGCCGCAGCGACGGGACGGAUUUGCACGAAGCGGCUAAAUAUCUGAUGCAAUCCUCAUCGUCUAUCGGACCUGUUGUCACUCCCGCCAUGGCCGGCUCAUCUCAACCGACUUGGCCAGCAUUCCGCACUCAACUCCGGCUGACGAUCGUGAACGUGACAGCCAGAGAUUACGGAGCCUAUCGUUGCGUGGCCAAGAAUCAGUACGGCGAAGCUGACGGAGUCAUCACUUUUCACCAUACACAGUCGGUUACCACGUCAACGGCAUCCAACCGUAAUCUGCCUCCAGUAGCCGCCAUAAGCCCAGCGCAAUUGGAAGACUGGAGCCAAGACGCUAGCAAUCAAACCCAAAUGAGGUUAGCGGAUCCAUUUAACAAAGGCCGCCUUCACGAGAAUAAACUUCCUGACGCGUCUGAUCAAAAGGAAACCAACAGCAAACCUGCCAAAUCUCGUUCGGAUGGCAAGUGGACCUUUGAUUGGAAUCUCGGCACUACAGCAGGUUCGUCAAGUUGUACGAGCUCUUCGUGGACGUGGAUUGCAACAACUUUCAUUCUAAUCGGAUGGACGGCGAUCAACAGUCUUGUAAUGAACGCCAAAGCCACUACCACCUAUAACACGGCGAGGCGGAGAUCUACUUGGUGAAUGUCGAUUGCAAAUGAUUCAAUUCUUCUGCGUUUGUUUUCUUUUGACGUUCAAAUGUGAAAUGGUCGGAAUGUCUGUUUGCUCGGACGAGUCUCAUUGUUGCAAUAUAAUAUAUGGCUGUGGUUAUUUAUCUCCUGUACAGAUCUGUAUCGCAUCCAUUCCAAACUGUGUGUCACUUUUUCUUCGUUUUACUCCUCCCGUGUAAAUUGUAUGUUCUAUUCCAUGGUUCUAUAUAUCUUCUCUCAAACUUUCCCAUUUCCCUUGUUUCUCAAUGAAAUGAGCACGAAAUACUAAAUAAUUUCACCUAUAUAUAAAACGAAGCUGUCGACGACAAAACGUAAAAACUUCUAACUAUACUCGUUUUUUAAACACCACAAACCAAUUACGACAUUUGAUAACUCGACAUUUCCCGAGUUGUUUCGUCAGACUGCUAUCCAUCAAGAUUGACACAUCGGCACUAGAACAAAGACGAAAGCGGAAAAGUAUAAUACAGUAUCUAGGAAAUUUUA